AAUUUUGUGUCGAACGAACGUAUUGAAGGCUAGACACAAAUGUCUUCUAUCGCCACUUAACUGAACUAAAACAGCAUCUAGCAAAUCUUGGUGUCUCGGUGCGCCGAUGACCCUUCUCGGCCUAGCUUAGUUUAGCUUAGCCUAGCUUACCAGCCGCUAAGCACAACGCUAAGACGCGUUUGUAAUCGCUCAACGGAAGUCAAAUAUUAGCAAAAAGUUUGGUGCUAAUCGUUUGAAAAUGUUUGCAAGGAGGACAACAGAGUACACUUCGGAACUUCACGGAACAGAAGACGACAACUAGCAACAACUUCGUCAAGUACGCGACGCUGUUUGUGAGAAGCUUCGAGUUUGCUUAAACUCAGCAGACAUGAGCAAAAUGUACCUUGAUGUCUUCGGGCAGCAGCAGCAGAGGGAUAAGCGAAGUGACGGACAAAAAGAGGAUGAGCUGGAGCGCCCUUCCAUUAAAGAGGAGGAGGAAGAAGCCACUCAGAUUCAAGCUAGCGAGAUGUCCAAGCAUCCGCACAUCAAAGAGGAAGAGGAUGAUGACAUCAUCACCUUGCAAUUUACAGGUGCUCCUUUGAAAAGUGAAGAUGAUGAGGAUCAAAGUGAGGCCAGCGGAGGGGUGGAGCAUCCCAGUAGCAACAGCUCGAGUCCGCAUGAGACGACAGAAGGUGACGGACAAUCACCAACAGACGGACUCAUAGCGCCACUGUCAGAUAGUGACGACACGACAUCAUACUCUCCUCACACUGAUGAUGAUGAAGAAUACGAAGGUCACGUUGACAACCAACACUGGAAAUGCUCUCAAUGCGGGAAAACCUUUGUCUACAAGUGUCUUUUGAAAAAACACUUGAUGACGCACACUGGAGAGAAACCUUUUGCCUGCUCAGUUUGCGGUCAAAGAUUCACGCAAGAGGGACAUUUAAGAAGACACACAAGAAUACACACCGGAGAGAAACCGUUUGUCUGUUCCAUUUGUGGCCAGACAUUUGCUCAAAGAAAUAGUCUGACAACACACAUGAGAACGCACACUGGAGAGAAGCCGUUUGUCUGCUCGUUUUGCGGCCAGAGAUUUGCUCAAAGAAACCAUUUGACGGCCCACACUAAAACGCACACUGGAGAGAAACCUUUUGUCUGCUCAGUUUGUGGUCAGAGAUUCUCUGAAAAAGGGAGCCUGACGAGUCACACAAGAACGCACACAGGAGAUAAACCCUUUUCCUGCUCAGUUUGCGGGAAAAGAUUUUCUCAGAAGGGACAUUUAGGAAUUCACAGAAGAACACACACUGGCGAGGAACCUUUUUCCUGCUCUGUUUGUGGUAAAAGAUUUUCUCAGAAGGGACAUUUAGGAAUUCAUAAAAGAACGCACACUGGCGAAAAGCCUUUUGCCUGCUCGGUGUGUGGUCAAAGAUUCUCCGUUAAGGGACAUUUGAAAGCACAUACAAGAAUCCACACUGGGGAGAAGCCUUUUGCCUGUUCAGUUUGUAAUCAAAGGUUUACUACGAAGGGAUAUUUGAAAAUACACACAAGAACCCACACUAGCGGGAAAGCUUUUGCCUGCUCAGUUUGUGGCCAGACAUUUAUUGUGAAGGGAUAUUUAAAAAUCCACAUGAGAAUCCACACCGGAGAGAAACCCUUCGCAUGCUCAGCUUGCGCGAAAAGAUUCGCUACAAAGGAACAUUUAAAAUCCCACACAAGAACGCACACUGGAGAGAAACCUUUUGCAUGCACCGUUUGUGGCCAAGCAUUCUCUCGAAAGGGAAACUUAAAGAUACAUACAAGAACACACAGUGGAGGGAAAGCAUUUGCCUGCUGAGUUUUUUUGGCACUGAUCAAUAAAGCUUGAUAAUGAAAGUGAUAAAUAUUGAAACCAAUUUCUGUGGGAGUUGAAUUUAUCUGCCUUUUGUGUUGGAUCAACUUUCUGGUAUUUUCUGUAUAUUCUUGCAUUCUACGGAUCUCGUGUGGACAAACGAUGACAAUUAAAGCAAAGCACUGGACUGCUAUGUCAAAUAUUUUAUGAUGUGCAUGUUAAAUGAGCGAGUGACCGAUUGAAAUAGAUGGCCCAAAAACUUUUGACUCCUGCCGGUAGAAUGGAAACGUCCACACGAGAUAUUGAAUAAAAGCUGAUGGAACCUU